GCCUUCCUUUUUCCCCUUUUCCUCUCUCUCUCUCUCUCUCUCUAUGUGCUGAAGCUGAUUCGAUUCUGGUAUCUGUUGAGAGACCCACAGCCAGCCAUUGGACUUUCCGAUACUUACCAAACCCACCAUUACCAACGUGCUCUAUUUAUUUACUCUCUCUCUCUCUCUCUCUCUCUCUCUAUAUGUAGAGUCCGAUAUUUACUAUUUAUAUACUCAUAUACAUAUACACAGCGCUCUCCUCUUGCCUCAUUCUUCUUCACCCCCACAAGCCUUCUGCAUAUUUCCUCCGAUCUCUCUCUCUCUGACUCGUCACUGACUCACUUGCCUCUUCAGAAAUGGCGUCUCCCACUUCCCUCAUCUCUCCUCCCUUCUCUCUCCAGUCACCCUCCUCCGUCACUACCUGCUCCAAGCUAUGCCCUGCUUCCUCUUCCGGCGGAGUCUCCUUCCCCCUCCGACCCCCAUCCCGGCCGAGGCUUAGGGUUCGCACUGCUCCUCCACGACUCCAGGUCCACGCCAUGGCCACGCGCCAGCUCAGAGCUUCUGUUGUCAACAAAGGCUCGUGGGACAAACUCAUUCUCAAUAGCGAAGUCCCUGUUCUCGUCGAAUUCUACGCGAGUUGGUGCGGGCCCUGCAGGAUGGUCCACAGGAUCAUGGACGAAAUUGCAGAAGAAUACGAGGGAAAAAUCAAAUGCUUUGUGCUCAACACGGACGUUGACUUGGAAGUUGCCGAAGACUACGAAAUCAAGGCCGUGCCCGUGGUCUUGCUGUUCAAGAAUGGAAAGAAAUGCGAGUCCGUGGUUGGUACCAUGCCUAAGGAUUUCUAUCUGGCCGCGAUUAACAGAGUCAUGGAGUCCUAAAAGAGCUGCUGACUCAACCAUCUUUUUAGGUUUAUUCCCUCUCAUCCGCUUAUCGCUUGCAUCUGUAUAUUCGCGAGAUGUGCUUGUUACUCAAAGGGAUGUCAAAACUUCUGAAUAGUUCUUUGCCUCCGGUCAGUUCUUCCCUCUUAAGGAAACAACCUCUAAUUCGUUCUGUAUAUGUUUGUUCUUCCUCUGUGUUUUCCUUUCCAUGGGGAAGAACAGUCUUGGAUGUUGGUUCUUGAUGCUCUUAUGUUGAACUUAAGAAGGAUAGGAUCAUGUAUUUUUGUGGUGUCAGUUCGAAGUCUUCUGUUUCUGAAAA